AAACAGUUUCGUCGCCAAAAACGGAGGGGCUAGUUUCCACAUACCUUGCUAAAACCGCCUACUGGUUUUGGGAUUCUCCAGUCUAUAAAAUAAACCCCAACACUAUUCUCCUCUCAACUCAAAAUCAAAGAAUCCAAUACCCAGGAAAAGGAAAUUUUAAACAAUGAGCAGUGGAGCAGCAAGGAAAGCCUGGAUUGUGGCGGCAACAAUAGGAGCGGUGGAGGCCCUUAAGGACCAAGGAUUCUGCAGGUGGAAUUACUCGAUUAGGUCACUUCAUCAACAUGCGAGGAACAAUGUUGCCGCUUAUUCUCAGGCCAAGAUCCUUUAUUCUUCUUCUUCUGCUGCUGCUGCGUGUACGUUGAUGAAUAAAUCUGAAGUGAAAAUGAAGAAAGUCAUGGAGUUGAGCUGCUUUGGUCCUAAUACUAUUAGAUUUUGAUUGUUCAUAAAAUGUUAUAUUAAUACGAGUGUUGAUGCAUAACUUGUUUGAAGAUUCUGGGGUAGAAAUGAAAUUAAAUGAACAUGAACAUAGCAUUG